ACACAACUUUAACAUGUGCCAAGCAGAGUGUGCGUAACACAUGUAAGUAUUUGUCUAUAUAUAUGCAGCGGGAUUCGAUCUGGUCCUGGAUUCUGAGUGUAUAUUAAUUAUAGUCGAAACCAGUUUCUGGGGCAUCUCAUCAAAAAAUCAAUGGAAGAUAGCAUUGGAGGCAGUUCCUCAAACGACAACAACAUCAUCAAGGAACAGGACCGAUUGCUGCCAAUAGCCAAUGUUGGUCGGCUCAUGAAGCAGAUUCUUCCUCAGAACGCGAAAAUCUCGAAGGAGGCGAAAGAAACGAUGCAGGAAUGUGUGUCGGAGUUCAUAAGCUUCGUGACCAGCGAGGCUUCGGAGAAGUGCAGGAAGGAGAGAAGGAAGACAGUGAAUGGUGAUGACAUUUGUUGGGCCUUGGCAACACUAGGCUUUGAUGACUAUGCUGAACCAAUGAGAAGGUACUUGCAUAGAUAUAGAGAGGUUGAGGUAGACCAUAAUAAUAAGGUCAAUCUUCAAGAAAGAGAGAAUAAUAGUCCUGAAGAGAAGGACGAUGAAGUAUUUCAAUUGAGUAAUAGAGGGGUUAGGUUUUGAUGACCAAUUAUUAUGCUUAGUGUGAAGUAGUAAUUAAUUAAGGCUUGUUUAAGGUUUGACAUUACUUUUCUUGUAAUACUUUUCUUGUCUUAAUUGGAAUUGAUUGAGCCUGCCUAGAACAAGAUUUCUUGUUUUGCUUC